AGUUACGACCACCUUAUGAUCACUAUGUCUUGUGAUAUGGAAAACACCAUGUCUUCAGUAGAGUCAUUGCCCUCCACACCGGCAUCGGAGGUACCGGUGUUGACGGUCUCCCCGGCCGACACAUCCUUGGAUAACGCAGAUGUGAAGACGCAGGAAGUCAAACCAGAAGAGAAGAAGCCCGCAAAGAAGCGGAAGUCGUGGGGCCAGGAACUACCAGUGCCCAAGACAAACUUGCCUCCGAGGAAACGUGCCAAAACAGAGGACGAGAAGGAGCAGCGUCGCAUUGAGCGCGUCCUUCGAAAUCGUGCGGCAGCUCAGACGUCCAGGGAGCGCAAAAGGCUGGAAAUGGAGAAGCUGGAGAAUGAAAAAAUCCAGAUGGAACAACAGAAUCAGUUCCUGCUUCAGCGGUUAUCUCAGAUGGAAGCGGAGAACAAUCGCUUAAGCCAACAGCUUGCUCAAUUGGCUGCUGAGGUCCGUGGUUCUCGUGCCAACACUCCAAUGCCAGGCUCUCCAGCGACAGCAUCUCCCACCCUUACACCUACAUUGUUCAAACAAGAGCGUGACGAACUUCCUCUCGAACGCAUCCCGUUUCCCACUCCCUCUCUUAGCGAUUACUCCCCUACCUUGAAGCCUUCCACUCUGGCUGAGUCCUCCGACGUGGCACAACAUCCUGCAGCGGUGUUGUGUGACCUGCAGUGUCCGUCGCUGGACUCGAAGGAGAUGGAAGCGCCCUCCCACUUUUCGACCUCGGCUCAGACCUUAAAUAUCACCCUACAGAUGACGUUGCAGCUCCUCUUUCUGACGAUGACUUCAACCGCUUAUUCCACGGUGAUUCAUCCGUUGAACCAGAUUCUUCUGUCUUUGAAGACGGGCUUGCCUUUGAUGUUCUCGAGGGAGGAGAUCUAUCAGCAUUUCCAUUUGAUUCUUUGGUUAAUUUCGACUCCGAACCCGUCGCCCUCGAAGGCAUCGAGAUGGCCCACGGGCUUCCGGAUGAGACUUCUUGCAAGACUUCUAGCGUGCAACCCAGCUUUGGCGCGUCCACUACGCGAUGCGACGGGCAGGGCAUUGCAGCUGGCUGUUAGCGAAAGGUUCUCUCAGGGAAGCAUGUCGGUCACCGAUACCCAGGGGGUUCGGUGGAGCUGGGAGUCGCUCCUAACCUUAUCAUGGGCGAUAGACCGACUUGAGAGCCCGGGACGACGCAGACGAAUUUUACAUGGUUUGAAGACAUCGCAGAUUGAGCGGCGCAAUAAUCUAGGGAAGCGUCAGGUGAAUAUCCGGAGUUUAUGGAGUUCAAAUAAGACGGAGACGUUGACGUCUCCGCUUACGGGCAAGGAUUGCUGA